AUGUUGGAGACGCUCGCAUUGGAAGAUGUGAGCGAGCCCUUCAAAAUGCUGCAGGCGUUGGCGAACGCAGAUUUGGAGCGCCUGGUGCAGCUGGCGUCGGUAAUCGACAAUUGCACGAUGCCGCUGGCCGUGUUCAGCCAUGUAGUAUCAGCGGCGUGCCCAGAACAGGCAGAGACCGUGGAGUUCAUUAGUGAGGUGCAUGCCGAGGAUGGGCAGCAGGCGAGGUCUGCCAUGAGGGACGUGGCCGCGGCGGCCAUGUUUGACAUCAUUCGGCGGCAUGAUCAUUCUGGCUGGGCCCUGGCAUUUCCGCUCCGGGAUUGUGUGGUGUUGCCCAGCGCGCGCGCCAAUGAAAUGAUGCACUGCACAUCGGCGUCAUACGGGUGCAGGAAGCAUGUGCCGUGCGGUGUCACGGCGAUGGAUUUUAUGGGCAGUAGCGCUUUGGGUGUUGUGGUGCAGGCAUUGGCCAGCACGCGUGCCUGGGCUGCGGAGCAGGGACUGCUUCGAAGGGCAGAGCAUGGAUCGCCCACUGGGGAUGGGCUGGUGCUGGCGGGCGGCUGCGUUCACAACGCGCUGCAGCCGGCGGCUCAGCGACUGUCGGUGGUGCAGGCCGACGCAGACGUCUUCGUGGUGGGUGCUGUCAGUGCCGCAGCUGGCGCGCGCAUGGCCGCACACUUUUUGGAGGGCCUGGCGCAUCGUGUGGAAGUGGUGCAAGGCAGCAUGCUGGUGACGGAGUGCUCCGUCGGCGCGCUGUACAUGAUACCACCAGGUUUCGCUGACACGGGACGUGGCCUUCGGGUGCAGGUGUGCCUGCGGCCAUACUUUUCAACAUUCCACGUGUUGAACAGCUUCGACUUGUGCGCUUGCAAAGUGGCGGCGCUGCCGUCGGGGGCAAUCGUGGCCCAUCCACGGUUUGUGUACGGCUGCGCACGUGGGCGUGUGCAGAUGGUGCUGCCGUGCCAUCGUCAAGCGACAACCAGUGCGCGGAUUGCGAAGUACUGGACGCACGGGUGGCUGUGCGAGGGUUAUGACAACACCGAGGAGGACCUACAGCACCAGCAUGCUGGGGCAAUGGACUUGAGCAUGGGUGGCAAUGUCGUGGUCGUUCGUCCCACGGCGUGUUCGACAUCGGACCUGCUUCAGGUCGCUCUGCCGUUGAUGUCGCUGUGGGAGGCAGCUUCCGAUGCGGAAUGGCGUCGUGGCAACGUGGCCAUGAACGUAAUGCAUGCCAUGACGGGAGCGAUGAUGCAGCUGCCGCAUGUCAAAUGGGCGCACAUGAAGUUCAGGCCCAACACCCAAGUGGCUGCCGGUGUGCAAGUGGAGCGGCCGCUGGGGUGCGCCUCUGCAGUGUCGGUGCCAGAUGGGAUCCUGUGGUCUGACCAGACGAACCCGUCACUGCCGGCCAGCAUGGCGGAGGUGCAGUCCUUGAGAACGCGCUGCCGGCUGCUGAAGAAGCUGCAGGUGAAUCUGGAUGCUGCUAAAACACGGGUGAUGGUCACACCGGUGCUGGGCCGAGUGCCAGUUAAGCAGGGCGACCUGGCAGCUGUGCAAGUCCGGCUGCACGACAUCACAGGGCCCACUCCGGUGGUGGUGUGCGGCACGGCCCCUACACUCAAGCGGACUGCGGAGGUGGCGUUGGGCAAGGUGCAAGCGGGGGUUGCCAAGCCUGCUUUGAGCGGGCAGCAAGUGACCUUGCUGUUUGCUAAAGUGGAGGUGGACGACCCCACCAUUGUGGAUGAGGUUCGUAGCAAGAUCACUACGCUGGAUGUAGGCCAGCUGUGGAGCAAGCUGUCACGGCAUAAAGCAGCAGGCAGUGCUAUGCACAAGGUGGACAUGGCGGGCCAUGCAUACAUCGCUACUGACAGCACCAACAUCGCUGGAUGGUAUGUCCAGCAGGGAGAUUACGUCGAGGAUGCAGUAGGCCUGGGGAAUAAUGCACGGAGGGAAGCCAGCGGCGAAGUCGCGCAGCAGCGCGCCAAAGUGGUGAUGGCCCGGCGUUGGGCGAGCGCGGCACUGACAGAGCUGCGGCCUCAGUUCGAUGCCAAUGAGGGAUUUGAAGCUCCGCUUCCAGCCGGAUGUUCUGCCGCAGGCUGCAACUCGCUAGGCGACCAAGUGCGGCAGGACUUAUUUCCGCACUUAAGGGCCACUGCCGCCUCGGCCCGGGGCUCCCUGGUGUUUGUCUGCGACUGUCAUGACGGACCGUCGUCAGGCGGCCAAGCUUGCACAGGGCGGCUGGUGUUGGAUUGGCAGGGGUGCAAGGUUGUUGCAGCAGCACAUUCGUGCAGCUGUGCAGCAAAGACCAGGCCCAACACCCAAGUGGCUGCCGGUGUGCAAGUGGAGCGGCCGCUGGGGUGCGCCUCUGCAGUGUCGGUGCCAGAUGGGAUCCUGUGGUCUGACCAGACGAACCCGUCACUGCCGGCCAGCAUGGCGGAGGUGCAGUCCUUGAGAACGCGCUGCCGGCUGCUGAAGAAGCUGCAGGUGAAUCUGGAUGCUGCUAAAACACGGGUGAUGGUCACACCGGUGCUGGGCCGAGUGCCAGUUAAGCAGGGCGACCUGGCAGCUGUGCAAGUCCGGCUGCACGACAUCACAGGGCCCACUCCGGUGGUGGUGUGCGGCACGGCCCCUACACUCAAGCGGACUGCGGAGGUGGCGUUGGGCAAGGUGCAAGCGGGGGUUGCCAAGCCUGCUUUGAGCGGGCAGCAAGUGACCUUGCUGUUUGCUAAAGUGGAGGUGGACGACCCCACCAUUGUGGAUGAGGUUCGUAGCAAGAUCACUACGCUGGAUGUAGGCCAGCUGUGGAGCAAGCUGUCACGGCAUAAAGCAGCAGGCAGUGCUAUGCACAAGGUGGACAUGGCGGGCCAUGCAUACAUCGCUACUGACAGCACCAACAUCGCUGGAUGGUAUGUCCAGCAGGGAGAUUACGUCGAGGAUGCAGUAGGCCUGGGGAAUAAUGCACGGAGGGUGCGGUAG